ACCAAGCAAUCCAGAUGGCUCUGAAUCAGUGUCCUGUCCUCUUCAUUAUUUACCAUGCCCCAGAUUUUUGUGUCGUGAAAAUUGAUGAUUUUAUAUUUUCUUUCAGGUCAUUGAUAAAAAUGUUAAAUAGUGUAGGGCCAAGAACCAAUCCCUGCAGGACCCCACUGUAAACACAUCCUCUUGAUGAUGUUUCGUCAUUUACAAUUAUAUUUUGAGACUUAUCCGGUUUUUUUAAUCCAUUUAAUGUGUGCCAUGUAACUUUUAUAUCAUUCUAGUUUUUAAUCAAAACGUUGUGCAGUAUCAAGUCCAGUGUCUUGCAGAAUUCUAAGUAGAUUACACCAACACUAUUCCCUGUAACAACGACACUUCUAAUCUCAUCAAAAUAGAAAAAGAUAGUUUGACACAAUCUGUUUUCCAUAAAUGCAUGUUGAUUUCCAUUAACUACAUUACCUUCCUUUAAUUCUUUAUUAAUCAAGUCCUAUAUCAGCCACUCCAUUAUCUUGCCUGGGAUUAAUGUCAGGGUGACAGGCCUAUAAUUUCCUGGGUCAUCCCAUUUACCCUUUUUAAAUAUUGGCACAUUGGAAGAAAGCUAAUCUUCUAGAACUUCCCAAGUACUCCAAGACUUACUGAAAAUCAGCAUUAAUGGUCUAGUGAGCUCCUCAGCCAGCUCUUUUAAAACUCUUGGACCUGUUAUCUGUUAUCUGGACCUGCUGAUUUAAAAAUGUCUAACUUUAGAAGCUUUUGCUUAAAAUUUUCCAGACAUAACUUACUUUCCACAGCAAUAGUAUCACCAUAUGAUGAGACUAUCAUCUGGUUUUCCGUCAAACACAGAACAGAAAUAUUUAUUGAACAUUUCAGUCUAAUAAUGGAUCAAUACCAUUGUUAGGAUUCUUUUUGUUCCUUAUAUAUUUUGUUAAAAAUCCUUAUUGUCCUUAACCCUGCUGGUCAUACAUUUCUCCUGGUGUCCCUUUGUUUCCCUUAUCAAUUUUCUACAAUACCGUACAUACACAUAUUUAUACCUGCCUUCACUUUCCCUGUAAACCGGGCUGUUUUUUUACCCAGCACUGCCUUCUUUCUCAAUUGUUGGAUUGUGCCUUUACAGGCAUCUAUUACAUGUUGUUGUUCUUAAAUGAUUCCCAAUUAUCAUUCACAUUUUCUGACUAAAUUCUCUCUUCCAGCUGACUUGGCUCGUAAUUGUUUUCAGCUUUGUGAAAUCUGCCUUUUUAAAGCACAAAGCAUAUAUAUUACAGGUGUGGACUUUAUUCUGCUUGCACAGUAUAAAUGUGACCAAGUCAUGAUCACUUGUACUUAAGCUACCGUUAAUUAAUUAAUUCCUCUAUUUGUUAGGACAAGAUCUAAUAAAGAAUUCCUCCAUAUUGACUGCAACACUUUUUGAGAUAGGAAAUUAUAGAUAAUAUUUACAAAUUUCAAGUUUGUUUUAAUACUGCCAGCAUGAGAUCUCCAGCAUAUUUCACUCAAAUUUAAGUCCCCCAUGAUCCGUUUUUUUCCCUACACAUCCUAGGAAGGUACAUAAGGAGAUGGUCAUCCUGUUCUCUGGAAUGGGUGGUCUGUAGCAGACACCAACUAAUACCCAAUGUUGUGCUUUAUCUGUUAGGACACUGAGCCAUAAACAUUCAAGGUAAUUUUCUUCUGAGGUAUCAGAGAAUCAGAAACAGGCAGUGCAAUUUUUGGCAUAGAGUGCCACUCUCUCUCUCCUUUUGCCCACUUGAUCCUUCCUAAAUAGGUUACAACCAUUGAUUUUAACAUUCCAAUCACACAAAUGCAAAUCAUAAAUGACCAAUUCCAAUUAUAUCAUUUGUUACCCAGGCUUCUAGGCAAUUGUAUAGGCAAUUUAAGAAUUUCCUCUCCCCAUGUCCUUAGCUUCCUUGAUUAAUGUUGUUCUCAACAUCUCGAUUUCGUGCUGAGUGCUCAUAUCUUCCUUCUUUUUACCCUCCCCUUUUACUAUUAGUUUACACCCCGCUUGAGGUGUCUGCCCAGCCUGUCCUUGAGGGGAUUGGUACUGCUUCUGCCGAGGCGAAGGCCAUCCAAACUAUACAUUGCCCUCUCCCCCGAAAAGCUGGACCAAUGUUCCACGAAACUAAAAUCCUCUACUCCAUGCUACUUACUUAGCCUGCAAUUCACUUCCAGAAUCUUCUGCUUUCUGUUUUCCUUUGCUCGUGAGAUAGGAACAAUCUCAGAGAAAAUUGCUUCGAUGUUCUUCUUCCUUUUCAGCACGGGAGGUCUGUCUCUGCACCUUUCACAGCACUGACUGCUGCUGUCCUUGCUGCCUCUGCUCCAGCCUCUCUGCUCACGUCUCCUCUCCAACUCGCACCUAUGGAAUCUGUGGUGAAGUCUGCUUUCAGGGCCCCAGUGAAACAGCUGCAGUGCUGCAUCUCUGCUGACUUCCCCAAGGAUAAGGACUGCCAAGCGUUGGUAGGCUGUGUAAAGAGUCCAGCAGAACAGAACCAGAGGAUCCAGGGCAAGAAGAGCAAACGGGACGUGGACUAUGCUCAGAGAAAGGCUGAGCGUGCAGCCAUCAGAACCCACAUCAGAGAGAAGUACCAGCUUCCCAAGAACAAGGUGGAUAAGAAGCAGCUGGAGGCCAUUGCGGGGAAGGUGAAAAUGCUGCAGGCCCAUGUGGCUGUGGUGAGGCCUCAAGACACCCCUGACUCUGACUCAUGCACCACUGGCCUCAGCGCUAUGGAUCUCAGCUCCCUGAAAAAAACAACAGAGAGCACGAUGCCGUCCCUGCGGCUGGGGCUGCGCUGUCCUAUCAUGUGAACAAUCCAGCAGCUGGGGCACAACAGCCCAGUCUCUCUGCUCUGCUCCCUUCCCCUGUGGCUGUAAGAAUUGCUGUUCUCACCCUCUUUGGAUAACUAUAGGUUGGUGGAGUUCAGGUAGGAGUUGGGUUGCUCCUCUGAUGCAACCCUUGCUUCUAUUCCAUGAACCAUCUCUUCCUUACGGUAUGUUUUUGGAAUCAGUAGUGUGGAAGUGGGAUCACCCUGGAAGUUGCAGGGUAAAGCCCUGAACUUCUUACUGCUCUGGCUCCUCUGAAAGAAGGAUUCACGAGUUUGUGCCAACCAUGGUGAAUUAUAAGAUACGGCACUUUGUGUUUGCACACACUUGUGAGCAGGGAUUCUUGGGGAGUAUUCAGGUCAUUUGCACCAGGGCCUGAACAUUUUAUAGCCCCUCUUUGUAAUUGUGUAAGAUUUCAGCCUGCAGGCUGGGGGGUUGUGGUGGGUGCUUUCAGGAGGGAAGGCAAAUCACUGAGUCACACGAUGCCUAAUGAAUCUGAGUCCAAGGCCCUGGUGUGCUCACGUAGAAUGGCUUGUGGGAACCACCCAUCCUGGGGCAGCCAGGAAAGGGCGAAAGGCCGAGGACCAGUCCUGCCCUCAGUCCGUCGGCCACUGAAAGUUUACUCCGAUGUCAUGUUCCUUGCUCUUCCGCUGGUGUAAAUUCCUCUGGACCGCUCUGAAUUAAGCACACGUGCCUUCCCUUCGCAAAUCCAGUGUCGUUUCCUGGCUCCCUCUUCAGGCUGUUACUCGGCCUACGGGGCCCAGCGGCCCCGGCCGGCCCGAGCCCCGGGGUGGGGGAAGCCCUCCAAGGCCCCCUCCCGUAACGAUGGGUCUGGGGUGGCCAGGCGCGGACUGGGCCCAGGCUGGGCGGCUUGACGGGCUGGGGCGCUGGCUGAAGCUGCCCCGGCCCUGCUCCGCGCCGGCCGCGCUAGGGUGGGGGCAGGCGGGGCCCGGCUCACUGAGGGGAAAGGAAGACAAAAUGGCACCAGCCGCCUGUCCUCCCCGCGGCCGGGUGUGUCACCCUGGAAACUACAGCUCCCAGCAUGCCUUGCGGACCAGGCGGGCCCGUGUGUCCCAGCA